GUCACACCCGGCUUAGCAUUGGGGUUCCCUGCUCGCUCAGCAGGGGGUGAGACGCCGAAGUGGUGUGUGAAGACCAGAGUAAUUCUGUGUCCCGAACGCCAUUUGUUCGCCGUAGUGGUGGCAUCAAUAUACGGUUUGUUAAUCGAUUCCACACAGAGCACCGUAACGUCAGGUCAACCACACUUUUCAUCCUGUGCAGCUCCCUGCUCCCUAAGAGAUGGUUAUGGAGAAACCAAGCCCCCUGCUCGUAGGUCGCGAGUUUGUGAGGCAGUACUACACACUUUUGAACAAGGCUCCUGACUACCUACACAGGUUCUAUGGCAGGAAUUCCUCUUAUGUGCAUGGAGGACUUGACAGCAGUGGGAAACCCGAGGAGGCUGUCUAUGGCCAGGCUGAGAUCCAUAAGAAAGUGAUGUCGCUGCAAUUCAGUGAAUGUCACACCAAGAUCCGUCACGUCGACGCUCACGCGACCCUCGGUGAUGGGGUUGUUGUCCAGGUGAUGGGGGAGCUGUCCAACAGUGGCCGUCCCAUGAGAAGGUUCAUGCAGACGUUUGUGCUGGCACCAGAGGGCUCUGCAGCAAAUAAGUUCUAUGUACACAAUGACAUCUUCCGCUAUGAGGAGGAGCUCUUCAACGACUCUGAGGCUGAGCUGGGUGAUUCUGAGGAUGAGGAGGGUGAGGAAGAGCAGCAGGAGACCCAGACCUCCCCUGAGCCCCAGGAGACCCCUUCCAGCGCAGCCUACUAUGAGCAUGCCCCUGUGAGUAAUGGUGUGGAAGAGCCUCAGGAGGAGGUGGUUGCAGAGGCGGAGCCAGAGGUCCAGCCUGAGCCGGAGGCCAAUCAGGAGGCGGGCCCUGAGCCUGUCCCAGAGGCAGAGCCCCAGGUGGAGGAGGUGGUGCCAGAGGAGGAGGAGAAGGUUCCGGAAGAGCCAGAGGAGAAAGUCCCCUCUCCUGCACCUGCUCAGUCUCCACCCCCACAAACACCUGAACCACCCAAGACUUUCUCCUGGGCUUCGGUGACCAGUAAGAACUUGCCCCCUAGCCUUCACACCACUGGGAUACCUCCCCAUGUGGUCAAAGUCUCCAGCCCACAGCCCAGGGUGGAGGUGAAGGCAGAUGCCCAGGCGGCGUUGCCUAGAGACCAGCGGGCUCGUGAGAGGCCGGGCUUCGCCCCAAGAGGAAACCGCCCAGAGGGUGCAGCCUCAGAAUCCAGUGGGAAACCCUACUUCAGUUUCAAAGGGCGUGGGGAUGGAGAGUCAGGUGAGCAGGAGGUGCGCAGGACUGUGCGCUACCCAGACUCCCAUCAGCUGUUUGUUGGCAACCUGCCACACGACAUCGACGAGGGAGAGCUCAAGGACUUCUUCAUGACUUUUGGGAACGUGGUUGAGAUGCGCAUCAACACCAAGGGUGUUGGCGGGAAACUGCCCAACUUUGGCUUCGUCGUAUUUGAUGACUCUGAGCCUGUGCAAAAGAUCCUGGUAGCCAAGCCUGUGAUGUUUCGAGGGGAUGUGCGUCUGAACGUGGAGGAGAAGAAGACGCGCGCUCUGCGGGAGAGGGAGACCCGAGGCGGCGGCGCGGGAGGAGACAUGCGGCGCGGUGGGGGAGCCCGGGGGCCAAUGGGCAACGGCAUGGGCCGCGGCCCGCCUUCCUCCCGCGGAGGGAUUGGCUCCGGCAGGGGUGGCGGCCAGGGCGGAGAAAGCAGAUUCGCCGGUCAGAGGCGCUGAAGCUCCUGCUAGCUUGACCCAUGAUGUUUGACGGAAUGGGGGGAAAAAAGCGACAAAAUCUCCCAACGUUCACAGCGCUCUUUCUUUCUCUCUUUACCCUCUUUCUUUCUUUCUCUCUCUGGAAUGUCCCUGGACUGCCUAACUGCUGCUGCAGAACAAGAGAACCUGAGGAAAAGCCUUUUUUUUCUUUUUUUUUUUUUUCUGUUUUCUUUUUUUAUUUCUGAGGAACAAACAGAACUGGUGAUGUCACUCGGAGGUGGGAGGGGUUUCUGGAUUGGUCAACCGGGAAAGCUCGCACGCGACAGACGCAAAUCAACGCUCACACUCGAUUAAUUUAUUUUGGUAGUUAAUAAUAACGCGAGAUGGUGCCUUAUAACUGUUUUCUCUCUCUCUUUCUCUCUCUCUCCGCCUCCUCCUCUUUUUUUGUUUCUUUCUCCCUGUCUGUGUGCUGUGAGAUGGGUGACACCGCAGCUGUGUGAAUGGUUCAAAAAGAUCAAUGCUGGUAUUCUUGUACGCAUGCACGUUUGUUUGUGUGUGGUUGUCGUUGGGUUGUUCUUGUAAGCAGGUUGAGCUUUUUGUUUUUGUUGUGGUGAAAGGAAGGCUUUUAGUGUACACGUGUGUGUGUGUGUGAGUUUGUGUGCGACCGUUUCAGUUUGUGUGUGUGCGUGCGUGUGUGUGUGUGUGCGUGCGUAUGCGUGCGUGCGUAUGUAUGUUCUGUGAGACCUUACAGCUCCCGCUCGUGAUUGAAUGUUCCGCUCUUUUCUACAGAAAGGUAAAAAAUGUAGGUGAUCUGCAGAGCCCCGCACCUCUUAUCCGCUGGGGUGUCGCACUGCUUCCGGCUCCCGCGCGACCAAUCCCAACUGUGUGUAUGUGUAUGCGUGAGCGUGUCAACUUUCAAUAAAAACGAAACUACUGAGAAACUGCA